UGGACGACAUUACAACGAGUCUUUCUUUUUAAAACAUUUAGCAGCUGAGACUAUUUCUUGAAAGUCUCAGCUUGCAGAGGAAGAAAACUAUCGAAUGGGCCAAAAACAUGGCGUUGACACAAGAGGGAAAGGCGCAGAAUUUUGUGGUUGUUGGGAGAUUCUCACUGAAUUUAUCAAUGGUUCUUCGGCAUCUUUCGAUGACUUGCCAGACGAUUGCUUAGCUAUCAUAAGCUCUUUUACAAGUACUCCACGGGACGCGUUCCUUGCUGCUUUGGUUUCGAAAAGCUUUGGCUUGCAGUUCAAUUCCGAUAGCGUAUGGGAGAAGUUUCUACCACCGCCGGAUUAUGUAUCUCUGCUUCCAAAAUCGCGAGUUUUCUCUUCAAAGAAGGAACUCUAUUUCGCUCUUUGCGAUCCGUUUCCAAACCACAAUGGCAAAAUGAGUUUCAGAUUAGAUAAAGCGAGUGGAAAGAAGUGUGUAAUGUUAUCUGCAAAGAAACUCUUGAUCAGUCGGGUAGUAAAUCCUAAGUAUUGGAAAUGGAUCUCAAUUCCAGAAUCUAGGUUUGAUGAAGUACCAGAACUUCUCAAUAUAGAUUCUUUCGAUAUACGUGGUGUGUUGAAUACUCGAAUCAUAUCUCCAGGAACUCAUUACUCAGCUUACAUUGUGUACACAAAAACAUCUCAUUUUAAUGGCUUUCAAACUUCUCCCAUACAAGCUGGAGUUGGAUUUCAGAGACAUGGAAUGUCUAAGACAUUCAUACGUUUUGAUUCGAAGAAGAGGCAAGAUGGGUGGAUGGAGGCAAAGAUUGGGGAUUUUUACAAUGAAGGAGGAUUAAUAGGUUUCAAUCUAAUUGAGGUGAGUGUUGUAGACGUUGCUCGCUACCCUCAUAUGAAUAUGAAGAGUGGUUUGAUUAUUGAAGGCAUUGAAUUCCGGCCAAAGGAUAGUCGGUAAACUGAUACCAGUUUACUGUAGUGGAAGAACGCUAUUAUGAUUUUCGGUUAUGUUUUUGUUGUAAUCUUUUUGAGAAAAACAACUGAACUGUUUUUGUUACAUUACAACAACUGGACUAAUUUUGUUAUAGGGUAAAGGUUUAUGUGAUUUAGAGUAAUUGAGUUUGGUCGCUUGUUUUAUUUAGAAAGGUUAGUAAAAGUUUAUAGAUUAAGAAUUGUGUCUUGCCUUAAGGGUAGUUAUGUUAAUAGUUAGAAGAGAAGAGUUGCAACUCUUGUUCUUAGUGUUGUUUGGUCGUGUCUAUUGAAUACUAUAAAAACACGUUGUCUUUGUUUGUAACACAUUUUCAGUUUUUCAAUAAUAAGAAGUUUCAGUGUAAUUU